GCACUAAGACACAUCACGUUGACAAGCAAAGAUUUCCCGUCAGUGAUUGGAUCUACAAUGAGAACUCCCGCGCCUCCGUCUCUCUCGACAUCAACCACAUUUGAGAGAACCGUUAUUCGACUUUCCGAGUACCGAAGCCUUAUCAGCCGUAUGGAUCGUGAUCACGGAAAAUAUGACGGAAUUUCCCUGCGCUCUGAGGACUCGGAGGCAGUCUCACCAAGACGCCCUUGAGGAUGGUUGAGGGGGAGGCUAAAGUACUGCAAUACGCAGGGGUGGUGGCACAACAACCUUUGGCUUCAUCUAUCAUCUCGCCUCGCAUACAUACUACAACCGCCAGAUCUCGAUUCAUGCGCAAGUUAUCUGCCAACCAACUCUUCGUUGUUCCUAUCUUGUUCCGUUUAUUCGCAGAGGUACCUCGAGGCAAUGAACCGAUAUCGCACCUUGGCCGGUCAGCACCACCACUUGUUCUGUCAUCCUUCCCGGGAGCUUUGAGCCUUGUUUACCUGUCUGCUCUUCUUUCCAUUGCUCAACCUUGCAGUCUGGCGAAACACCUGACAUGUUUUGCCGCUCGGUUCCCGUCCAGGCAGUCCACCUGCAUGCACUUCCAUCGUUCCCGCUCCCGCCUGCGUCCGUUUCCUUGCGUUGAGUUUACUCUUCCGGUCAAAGUACACGUACAGGAGCAUCAAGCCAGAUUGAAAGCCUUGAAACUUCCGUCUUUGCUGUACAGUUACCUUAUGCGGAGUAUACCGGCUAUCAAUAAGCCGAAGGACGAUAGGGCACGCCGGAUCUCCAAAACAACCCAACCACGAAGCUCGCUCCUGUGGUGUGUGGACAGCCGUGAUUGUGAUGAGCUUUAUCUUUGCGUGGGUAUAAGAAUGUGGGCUAUACAGGACACACCAAUUAGUGCAAAUUGGGGAUUAAGAGAGUGUGUGCUUCGCGGAUUAUCCUUUCCAGAUCCUUCACACGACCGUUGCUUGUUCGGCCGCUCUUCCGUUCUCAUCAAAAAUCGUCAGCUUCGUCCAGUCGCACAAUUCCUCAAGCACCAUUUGUCUCCCCUCACUAUCUGUCGUCGGUAGCCACUCAAGGUCACUUGCGCCUGUAGGGCCUGCCAAUCAUGGCAUAUACCCGAUCAUUUCGAUACUUUACACUGCGUUGAGAUUCUUAGAAGGCGUUCUGUAAGCGGGAAUGCAUAGCGCAUGCGGUCUACCACGCGCGCGCUAUACCGAGUCAAGUGCAGGUUACCGCAGAGUGACUCGAGUACAUGAGGACUACGACGG